AUGACCCACGCCCGCUUGUCCAGGUGUUAUUAUCUCUUCUUGCUCAUAACCUUCCCUUCUCUCUUAACAAACUUAGCCCUCUCUACUAUCCCCAAGCAAACCCCGCCACCCGUAACCCAACCCGAAUAUACAUUUCGUACCCAACCCCAGACCAACCCGAAUUUUUAUGCCAGAAUUAUUAUAGCUAUGGAGAAGGAGAAUUCUGCGAAUUUGACGUAUAUGGGGAGGAGCUUUAGUGAAUUAAGUGUUAAUGAAGAUUCCUCUGCUUUCAGUGACUGUAACAGCGACAGAUCCGGGGAGUUCCCAACGGCGUCGUCUCAAAGUCGACGGUUAAUACUAGCCUGCGCAGCGGAGAAUUCCGAUGAUCUUAUUCGGCAACUGGUAUCGGAUCUCAAGUCCUGUUCGAUUGACGGGCAAAAACAAGCAGCCAUGGAGAUCAGACUCCUUGCCAAGAACAAACCAGAGAAUCGUCUCAAAAUCGCUAAAGCUGGUGCAGUUAAACCUUUAAUUUCGCUAGUUUCAUCGUCUGAUUCUCAGCUUCAAGAGUUCGGUGUCACUGCGAUUUUGAAUCUAUCACUCUGUGAUGAGAAUAAAGAGUUGAUAGCUUCAUCAGGCGCGAUUAAACCACUAGUUAGGGCUUUGAAAACAGGGACAUCGACGACGAAAGAGAACGCCGCGUGCGCUUUGCUUCGUUUAUCACAAAUGGAGGAGAAUAAAAUCGCAAUCGGCCGGUCAGGAGCGAUUGCACUUCUAGUAAACCUCCUCCAAACCGGAGGUUUUCGCGGGAAAAAAGAUGCAGCAACUGCUCUAUAUUCAUUAUGUUCUAUCAAGGAGAAUAAAACCAGGGCCGUCCAAGCUGGGAUCAUGAAGCCCCUGGUUGAAUUAAUGGCUGAUUUCGGGUCUAACAUGGUAGAUAAGUCAGCGUUCGUUUUGAGCGUGUUGAUUACAAUUCCUGAAGCGAAAACCGCUGUUGUUGAAGAAGCAGGGAUUCCAGUUCUGGUAGAGAUUGUUGAAGUUGGGUCUCAGAGGCAAAAGGAGAUUGCUGUUUCGAUAUUGUUGCAGAUUUGUGAAGAUAAUCUGGUGUAUCGCGCCAUGGUGGCUCGAGAAGGAGCAAUUCCUCCCUUGGUGGCUUUGACACAAUCCGGCACCAAUCGCGCCAAGCAGAAGGUGAGCCUAAUUCAGAAUUUCCGGUUGUUAAUGACUCCAGGUCCGCUGCUGCAACUGACGUGGCAGUUUAUUUUGAAAAUCAAUGUCGUUUUGUUGGCUAUCUUUUGA